GAAGACACAGGAAUAACCAUGCCUGAGCCAGUCCCUGCAGCUAAACCGGAGAAGGGGGAGUCUGGGUCGACUGAACUCACUGGCCUCUUCCUUGAGAAGCCUCCAGCUAAUGUUGUCGCAGUCACAGGAGCGGAAGUCACUUUCAUAGCCAAGGUUGACUCGACCAGCCUGACAAGAAAACCCAACAUGAAGUGGCUGAAGGGCAAGUGGCUGGACCUUGGCAGCAAGGCGGGGAAACAUUUACAGUUCAAAGAAACAUAUGACAGAAAUACUAAGAUCUAUACUUACGAAAUGAAGAUCACCAAAGUGGUCCCUGGAGAUGCUGGAGGCUACAGGUGUGAGGUGACGGUAAAAGACAAGUGUGACAGCUCCAACUUUGAGAUCUCUGUUGAGGCUGCACAGCAGGGGGAGCAUGAGGAUAUUUUGUCUGCUUUCAAGAGAACGGAUGCCGGAGAGGACGAGGGUGAUCUGGAUUUCAGUGCUCUGCUAAAAGCCACUAAGAAGAGGAAGAAACCCGAAAAAGAGGAACCAGAAAUAGAUGUGUGGGAAUUGCUUAAGAAUGCCCAUCCAAGCGAGUAUGAGAAAAUUGCCUUUAAGUAUGGCAUCACUGACCUGAGGGGCAUGCUGAAACGUCUGAAAAAGAUGAAGGCCGCGCCCAAGCCUAGCGAGGCUUUCCUGAAGAAGCUUGAAUCUUGCUACUCCGUGGAAAAGGGCAAGAAGAUUGUCUUGAGGUGUGAGGUGUUUGAUCCCAACGUCCAGGUCAAAUGGUUGAAGAAUGGCCAGGAGAUCAAACCCUCAGCCAAGUACAUCAUAGAGUCCACCGGGAAUAUCAGAACCCUUACCAUCAAUAAGACGACCCUGGCUGAUGAUGCUGCAUAUGAGUGUGUGGUUGGCGAAGACAAGUGUUUCACAGAGGUGUUUGUCAAAGAGCCCCCUGUGACAAUCACCAAGCUGAUGGAUGACUAUCAUGUGGUUGUGGGAGAGAGAGUGGAGUUUGAGAUCGAGGUGUCGGAGGAGGGUGCCCACGUCAUGUGGUUCUUUGAGGAUAUAGAGCUUCACAGAGAAAAAGAUUCCAAAUUUCGCUUCAAGAAGGAUGGAAAGAAGCACACGCUUGUCAUCCAGGAGGCUACGCUGAAUGACAUUGGAAUGUACCAUGCUUGGACAAAUGGGGGCCAUACCAAAGGAGAGCUGGAGGUGGAAGAAAAAGAACUGGAGGUGCUGCAGGACAUUGCUGAUCUGACAGUGAAGGCAGCAGAGCAGGCUAUGUUCAAGUGCGAGGUGUCUGAUGAAAAGGUCACAGGAAAGUGGUUCAAAGAUGGAGUGGAGGUCUUGCCAAGUGACCGCAUCAAAAUGACUCACAGUGGAAGGUUUCACCGGCUGGUUAUUGAUGAUGUGAAGCCAGAGGAUGCCGGUGACUACACAUUUAUUCCUGAUGGAUACGCUCUGUCACUUUCUGCCAAACUCAACUUCUUGGAAAUUAAGAUCGACUAUGUGCCCAGACAAGAUCCUCCAAAGAUCCACCUGGACACCACUGGAAACAUGGUCUCCCAAAACACUAUCAUUGUGGUGGCGGGCAACAAGCUCCGACUGGAUGUGGAGAUCACAGGAGAACCAGCACCCACUGUUGUUUGGACAAAAGGAGAUAAAGAAAUCACGGACUCUUCAGGGCGUGUAAGGGUGGAGUCCAAGAAGGACCUGAGCUGCUUCAUCAUAGAGGGGGCAGAGAGGGAAGACGAGGGCCGGUACACCAUCUGUGUUAGCAACCCUGCUGGAGAUGACAAGGCUGUACUGUUUGUGAAAAUUGUCGAUGUGCCUGACCCCCCUGAGAAUGUCAAAUGCUUAUCCGUGGGAGAGGACUGUGCCACUAUGACUUGGGAUGCCCCUAAAUUUGAUGGUGGUGCAGCAAUCAAAGGUUAUUUCAUGGAGAGGAAGAAGAAAGGUUCCUCUAGAUGGACAAAGCUCAACUUUGAUGUAUAUGAGUCGACUAAAUAUGAGGCUAAAAGGAUGAUUGAAGGCGUUUUAUAUGAGAUGAGGGUGUAUGCGGUCAACAGCAUUGGCUUGUCUCAGCCAAGUCCCACCUCCAAACCCUUCAUGCCUCUUGUCCCGACAAGUGAGCCACUGCGUCUGACAGUGAAUGAUGUGACAAAUACCACAUGCAGCCUGAAGUGGCUCACCCCAGAGAAGAUCGGAGCUGGAGGCCUGGAUGGUUAUAUUAUUGAAUACUGCAAGGAAGGAGACACUGAAUGGGUGGCUGCAAACAAGGAUCUUUGUGAGAAACAGGGAUUUGUGGUACGUGGCCUCCCUACGGGAGAAAAGCUCAGCUUCAGGGUGGUGGCAGUAAACCUCGCUGGACGCAGUCUUCCUGCUAAACUACAACAGCCUGUCACCAUCCGAGAGAUUGUUGAACAUCCAAAGAUCCGCCUUCCUCGCAACCUGAGAACAAAGUACAUCAAAAGAGUAGGAGAAAAGAUCAACCUGACCAUCCCCUUCCAGGGUAAGCCACACCCUGUCGCAACCUGGUACAAGGACGGUCAACCCAUUGACCCCAAGGUGGUCAACAUCCGUAACUCAAACUUUGACACCAUCCUCUUCAUUCGCUCGGCAGAGAGAGAGCACUCUGGAACAUAUGAGCUGGUUCUACAGAUUGAGAACUUGGAGGACAGGGCCAAUAUUCACAUCACAAUUGUUGAAAAGCCUGGGCCUCCAAUCAAUGUAAGGGUGACAGAUGUCUGGGGCUUCAAUGCAGCACUGGAGUGGGAUCCCCCGAAGGACAAUGGCAACUGUGAGAUUACUGGAUACACCGUCCAGAAGGCGGACAUGAAGACCAAGGAAUGGUUCACAGUUUAUGAACAUAACAGACGGACAAACUGCACAGUUUCAGAUCUGAUCAUGGGCAAUGAGUACAUGUUCCGCAUCUACAGCCAAAACUUGUGCGGCCUAAGCGACGACUCGUCCCGCAGCAAGAACACAGCUGUCAUUGCUAAGACAGGUGUGACAGUGUACCUGGCAAACAAAGAAAACCCCUACAAGGAGAAAGACAUGUCCUGUGUGCCCAAGUUUACUCAGCCCUUAGUCGACAGAUCUGUAGUGGCUGGUUACAGCACUGCCAUCAGUUGUGCCGUCAGAGGCUUCCCCAAGCCUAAGAUUAUCUGGAUGAAGAACAAAAUGAUCAUCGGCGAGGAUCCUAAGUACUUGAUGCAGAACAACCAAGGAGUGCUGACCCUCAACAUUCGUAAGCCGAGCCCAUUUGACGGAGGCAAAUACUCCUGCAUGGCUGUCAAUGCGCUGGGCCAGGAUGAAGUGGAGUGCAAGGUGGACAUCCGAAUUGCCAAAGACUCGGAGCUGAAGUGAGAAACCGAACAGCAAAGAAUGUGAAAUGAUAUGAGCCAAGCAGUGAAU